AUGGCGGUCCGUGUCGAGGCGCUCUUCGACGAGCUGAUCGCGUCGAACUCCAAGUCUGUUUACGAGGCGCGCCAGCGUGGCGCCGUCGAGCCUGCGUCUGAGCGCGGGAUCGGCAUCUCCGACAUCAGGGCCUUCCACGAAAACUUGCCUUGCGAGGGCAGACAGAAGCGCCGGAAGUUUUGGGGGGUCGUCGUCGACUACUUGGCGGAGUGGGUGGCCCCAGACGACUUCUCGUUGGAGGCGUUCGGGGGCGCUGCGAAGGACGGGCUGCAGG